CACCCGUUGAUAGCCUCGAUAAUCCUGUUAUCGAGCCGAGAUAGCGUCGACUCUGACGUCGAAAGCACUCCUUUGGUACAUGCAUCCAUCUUUUUAUCAGCGCCUCAUCUACGCUGAUAUACCUACCUACCUAGGUACCGAUAUACCACUUGUAUAUCGCAAUGCCACCACGAUUAAAUACUCGAUUGGCACCUUCAGCCAUCCGUCUCCUCCGUCUUUACUCGACAGACGCCGGUCCUCUUGUUCGAGUUACCAACCUCAAAGCCCCGAAUUCCGGUCAUAUCCGCAUUCUCGAGCUCAAUAGACCAUCCGCGCGCAAUGCUAUAUCAAAAGCCCUCUUAGCUGCCUUACGAGCCGAAGUCCAAGAUGUUCAAUCGCAAUAUACCGUAGAGGGCCAAGAAGUGCCGCCUCCCCCACGAUUUGGAGGAGCUGCUGGUAUGGAUCAGAAAGGGCCUACCAGAGCUCUGAUCCUGGCCAGCGCCGUUGAUGCGAGCUUCUGCGCAGGCGCCGAUCUUAAAGAGCGGCGCGGCUUCACGCAAGUGGAGACCGCACAAUUCUUAGUAGAUCUCCGUGGCACAUUUUCGUCCCUUUCAUCUCUCCCGAUUCCUACAAUUUCGGCCGUCUCUUCCCUUGCGCUAGGCGGUGGUCUUGAGCUCGCCCUUUGCACUCACUUCCGAGUAUUAGCCUCAACUGCGACGGUGGGCCUUCCCGAGACGCGACUGGGCAUAAUUCCCGGCGCCGGCGGCACGUAUCGAUUGCCAGCAUUGAUUGGACUCUCUCGCGCUAGGGAUAUCAUUCUGACUGGACGGCGUGUUUCUGCCCCCGAGGCGUACUUUUUAGGAAUUGCCGAUCGGUUAGUCGAGGUGCUGCCCGAAGACGAGCGGGAUGGUGUUGCGCAGACGAAUAACGGAGCAGAAGACGGACUACCAACUAGAGCACGAAACGCGGUUCUUUCGGAGGCGGUGAGGUUAGCAGGUGAAAUCUGCGAGGGAGGUCCGAUUGCGGUUAGAUCUGCACUUCAGGCAGUGAGCUGGGCCAGGGAGGAAAUAGAGAACGCUAUGUACGAGCGUGUGGUGAAAACCGAGGACCGAGACGAGGCUUUGGAGGCUUUCAAGGAGAAGAGGAAACCUAUAUUUAAAGGGCGGUAAAUCAAUGGAAUUAAUGGUAGGUUUUAUAUUUUAUGCCCACCUAAGGUGAUAUGCCCUGGGAAUGAGUAGCGUGCUAGAUGUUUGGUUACGUGUAUGACAGACAAGAGAACUAUGAGAUGAAGAACCUGGAUUGAGCUAUUAUUGUGAGGCCUUAAUAUGGCCUUAAUGGCAACUGUACAAGUUGAUAUCGAAUGGGUUUCGAUACUCUGGGAUGGGAGCCUUAAUACAAUAUCUACGACAAUUUUAGCUACUAAAAUGCUGCAAACAUCUUGCCUUAUUUGAGGCAAGUAUAAUAUGGGAUAGUUUAGGAGGUAGGUAUGGACCUAUCAGGGUAGGCUUCGUAUUAUUGACAAAUCUUCAGCCUUGUCCCCAAGUAGUGUACAACUACUAGACUACAGAUGAAGACAGAACAUACUGUAUCACUACGAUGAUAUUGUGUUCUAAUACCGAACCGCUCUAGGCGCAUAAGUGGCGCAUGCCAGCGUCCUAUCCCUUUAGAUUGCUGUACCUAGUCCUGGCAUGAGAAUCUGGCACUAAAGGGAUAAUGAAUCAUCGACAUGACGAAACAAAGCAGUUAUAAUGACAGCAAUUGCGAUUUAAUCAUGCGACAUAUUUCUUCC